UCUCACACAUUUCAUUUCCGGGUGCUUUCAACAGAUCACCAGCCGCCCCGCUUGUUGGCGACGUCGCCCACUGCUACUCGCCACAAACUCGGGAGGAGCAGGGGAGACAGCGGUUCGCGCCCGCGCUUCGUCACUGGCUAACGGCAGCGCCGCUCUCACCCUCACCCUCACCCGCAAGUCGAGCCUCCGCCCGAUCAUGCCGCUGCUUUUCCUCGAACGCUUCCCUUGGCCCAGUCUGAGGUUGUACACAGCCCUCAGCGCGGUACUGCUCGCCGCCAGCCUCUUCAGCGCCUACUCUCACCUCAGCCUGCCCCCGGGCCAAGCUCCGAUCUCUGUCCCUCGUUACCAUCCCAACCUCGGCACUCCCACCCCUAUUGACGCCAUAAGCGGCGAUCUACCGGCCGCCGAAGCCAACAGCGACGGGGAUACCGGAGCAGACCGCGAGCAGCGCGUCCACCCCGGCGCAGGGAUCUACGUUGACCAUGGUGAGCCCGAUUUGGGACUCUCGGGCAGACCGGAGUGGGCUCAAGGCCACGGAUUCGCCCUGGAAAUAGCCUGGUACCUGGUAUCAGACGGCUGGUGUAUUUGGGUGUUGGUGAACACAGCCUGUUGUUUUCUAAUGUUGAUUGGAAAGCUGAUCCAGUAUGUCGUGUUUGGAACUCUGCGGGUCAGUGAAAGACAGCAUCUGAAGGAUAAAUUUUGGAAUUUCAUUUUCUACAAAUUUAUCUUCAUAUUUGGUGUGCUGAAUGUUCAAACAGUGGAGGAGGUGGUGAUGUGGUGCCUUUGGUUUGCUGUUCUUGUCUUCCUUCACCUCAUAGUCCAGCUCUGCAAAGACCGCUUUGAAUAUUUAUCUUUCUCACCAACUACUCCAAUGAGUAGCCAUGUCAGGGUGUUGGCAUUGCUGGUUUCCAUGUUAUUGUCCUGCUGUAGUCUGGCUGUGGUUUGUGUGCUGGUUGGAUAUUCGCAUGGAAUGCAUACUCUGUCUUUUAUGGCAGCUGAGUGUUUGGUGGUGACCGUUCGAACAGCACAUGUUAUUCUGAGGUACUUUAUUCAUCUUUGGGACCUGAAUCACGAGGGCACUUGGGAGAGCAAAGGCACCUAUGUUUAUUACACGGAUUUUAUCAUGGAAUUGAAACUUCUCUCAGUUGACCUAAUGCAUCACAUUCACAUGCUGUUGUUUGGAAAUAUUUGGCUAUCAAUGGCGAGCCUGGUGAUAUUCAUGCAGCUCCGUUAUCUUUUCCAUGAAGUCCAGCGUCGGUUGAAGCGUCACAAAAACUACUUGCGUGUGGUGGGCAACAUGGAGGCAAGGUUUGCAGCCGCCACUCCUGAGGAAUUGGCUUCCAAUGAUGAUGAUUGUGCCAUCUGCUGGGACUCGAUGCAGUCUGCUCGCAAACUCCCCUGUGGUCAUCUCUUCCACAACUCCUGCCUUCGUUCCUGGCUUGAGCAGGACACCUCUUGUCCCACCUGUAGAAUGUCACUCAACAUUAACGAAGAUCGCCGUGUUGGGGAACCUCAUCGGCGAGACAACUUGGAUGAGAACAUUGGUCCUGUACCAGUUGUAGAUGGCAGGCCACAUCUUAAUCAUCACAACCACUUCUUCCAUUUUGAUGGAUCACGUAUUGCUAGUUGGCUGCCUAGUUUCUCAGUGGAAGUGAUGCAUACAACAAAUAUCCUUGGCAUUGCACAGGCCAAUAAUUCCCAGCUCAAUGCUAUGGCUCAUCAGAUCCAGGAGAUGUUUCCCCAAGUUCCGUAUCAUUUGGUACUCCAGGACCUACAGUUAACGCGUUCGAUGGAAGUCACUACUGAUAACAUACUAGAAGGAAGAAUUCAGGUUCCUUUCCCCCAGCAGCGACAAGAUAGUAGACCAGCAUUAAAUGGUGCAGUUGUGGAAGAAGACAAUGGUAAUCCAGAUGAUUUGAACAGUGAACAGCAGACUGAGCGAUCAGCCCUUGAAUCCAGUCAAAGUAUGGGAGAAACAUUCGGAACUGGAACUGAGCUUCUACGAGCUGACCUUCCAUCAGAAGAUUUUGAGGCACGGGGAAGUCGGUUCUCAAAGUCAACAGAUGAGAGACAGCAAAUGUUAGUGCAGCGUAAAGAGGAGCUACUGCUGCAAGCACGGAGGCGGUACACAAACAGAAACCAGAAUGAAACUGACCGUUCAUCUAAUGGUGACGUGUCCUCUGGAUCAUCAUCGAACAGUAUUUCUCUUUCUUUACGGCGUCAAGCCUUGGCAGUUGCAGCCGAAAGAAGACGCCUUCAGCAGCAGCAGGACUCUGGUUUUGACGAUGCAAGACUGAGAACACGGAAUCUUGACACAUCCUGAAUCGCAUGUUUGGCUCUGCUUUUGCUUGCAGAGUAAGAGCAGGAGGAGCAGCAUCCCAAACCACUCUGCAAAGCCAUACCAUUGAGCUGGGACAUUACAUUGUCACAUAUACUGUAGCUGCACUAAAGGAGCCAGAGCUAACAGUAUUUGGGGUGGGAAGUGGCAUGGAUGAUUUUUUUAAAUAUAUAUACAGCUUUUGUGGAAACAGUAAACGACUUUAUACCUGCAAAAGUAAAACUUAAUAGCUGCAAGUGUCUGGAAGCUACUUUUUAAAACUCGAAGGAAUAUAUGCAGUAUACGGGUUUGCUGUGUUUGGACUGUGAAAGGCUGUCUAGUUCUGUGAACUCAGUGGGCAGUGCAACAUGGUUUCUUGGGGCAUAAUCAGCAAAGCUGAUGUGCAGUGAUGUUUGACAGUCAUGUUAACCAUCUCAUUUUUUUCCAUCACGUAAGAAACACAGAACAAUUAUACACAAGUUUUUCACCAGCCCCUCAUACCACCCUUUUCUGCAAAUGAUAUUAUUACCUUUGGUACUUCAACAACUUCCUUGCCUGUAAGGAACAAGAGUUUUAAUAUUGUUUGGUUUUAUUUGAAUCCUUGGCUGUCUUGUUUCAAAUUGCCCAUGUAACCUGAACUGUGGUGCCAUCAUUUGUUGAGUUCAAACAUUUCAUGUUGAGGGUAAUUUUGUAUUAUCUGGUAGUUUCAGUUUGUGCAAUUGGCAUUGGAUUGGUUUGUUAUUUGGCUGCCUAAUAGGUUGUUACUUUUUUGGAAAUGUAGUGUGGAGAUUUAAAACGAUGUGAUGGAGUUACAAAGUAACAUUCCAUAUUUUCAUUAAGAUUUUAAUCCAUAUAUUUAAUAGGCAUGGAAAAAUUUCAAUCCGGCUUCUCAGAAUUAAUACACGUGUAACACAGCUCCUCCUAUAACCACAUCUCUUGAUAUAACCUGCAAUGGAAAUUAAGAACUGUAUCUAACGAGUAUAGACUUGUGUAUACGAGUAGCAGGUGGGAACAUCUUUAGAGCCUGCAUUCUACCUGUACAGGAUACAUCUGGUGCUCAGUUUGGCUGUAUUUAGUCAUAAAAAAUUUUCACAGAUCUAAAACUUUGAGGUGGUUAGACGUUUUAUCCAGCUCUCGAGUGUAUUUGUGCAUGAUCUAUAUUGCUGAUCAUGUAACAACAUGAACAUUGUUUUAAAGUAUUGCAUUUUUGCUGUUGCAUUUUGCAUAUUUUCUGGAAUUGGCCACAUGUAAAUUAGGUUCCUUUGAUAUUUUAUUUCCCUUGUGUUUUGAACAUGUACUGAUUUUCAUAAUUGUAUGCAAUAUUUCAUGUAAUUGGUACUGACCUAAAUUUUAUUGAGUAUUUCCAUGUAGACACUUGGGUUUCUUGGUAGGUGACUGGAAAAGCAUGAAAGAAUACUUGUUGGUUCCUGCUUUGACUAAUGUUUGGAUGUUUAGCCACAAUCACGGUUACAGCUACAAAUGAGUUUUGGCACAACUUUUUUUCAGAAAUCGUCAGAGAAAAUAAAAGAAUAAAUCCCA